CUGCGACCGCCUCUCCCUCCCUCACGACGGUCCGCGCCGUCCGUCCGUCCGUCCGUCCGCGCCAAAGUUCUGUCCGCUCGCGAGAGGCGGGCGCCGCGCUGCGGGCCAACGGCCGCCACGUCUCGCGAUGCUUUCCCCGCCGGUCCUGGCCAUCGCAUUCGCACAGUCGCUGCGGGCGGGCGGGCGGACCAGCCGACCGGCGGAGCGCGUCCAUCUUAACAGAUUUUUGUCCUAUAAACUGUAGCUGAUCUGAACAAUUUAGCAGAAGAACAGACCACUGGGUAAGAGAGAGACUGGUCAGAGUGUACAGACAUAGCCCACGUAAGCUUCAAAUACUCGAUUAAUGAUCCAGAAAAGGAUUAAGUAACAUUUUGGAGCUUCUGGCUGCUGCUUUAAAGCAGUGAAUUCAUAGCCAUCGUAUCAAGGAAGCUUAAUCAAAGGCAGAACGCUGAACAAAUAAGGAAUACAUGAUGCAACAGUUAAUGAAGUGUUCUGGCUGAACCUGACGUGUUUGCAUCUUUCAGAGAUCGCCGUGCUGUUUAACAAUAUUUGAAUAACUCUGUGCUGAACUCGGAAGUUCGGUAUACUUCUAUUGGGGCUUCAGUUAUUGCUAAGUGAUGGGAAUCUUCAUUUCCAGAUUGUGAGUUAAAAAUUACAGCUUGUGGUACUGUGAAAGCUGGGUCACUUUUCUGUGAGUAAAACACUGGAGCUGGAUUAAUGACUCAAAUUAAUUGCUGGUGGAAUUAUACAAACAAUUUGGACAGCCUCAAUGUGGGAGUAAUUUAUCGUGAGGUGCUGUUUUAAAACUUAUGUUGGAGCAAAAGGAAGAAAUGUUUGAUAUUGGUUUUUGUCUACAGUACUGUAAUGGAAUUUCGAGGAAUGGGUGCUGAAGGUCUACCCCCUACUAUGAUGUUUAAUGCACAUUCGUGGGACAACUUGAGUGACGUUAAAUUUAUACUUUGUAAUCUGAUGUGAGAUGAUCUGCCCCUUCGGUUAACAAAAACAGCAAUUUUGCUGUAAAACACUAAGUAUUAAAGUGUGAAAGUAUUCAGCUAAGAUGUCCUGGAGGAAGAAUUAUUUCACACCGAACAAUAAUCUGCAGGGGAUGUUUAUGCCCCGGAGCACAACGUCUAUCGCGGCAAGUAAGGGACUAAUGAAUGAACCUGGGCAGAACAGCUGCUUUCUCAACAGUGCGUUACAAGUUCUUUGGCAUCUUGAUAUAUUUCGAAGGAGUUUCAGGCAGUUAACCACUCACAAAUGUAUGGGAGAUUCCUGCAUCUUCUGUGCUCUCAAGGGAAUCUUCACUCAGUUUCAAUAUAGCAAAGAAAAGGUACUGCCAUCUGAUGCCUUGAGGAGUGCUCUUGCCAAAACCUUUCAAGAUGAACAACGCUUUCAGAUGGGGAUCAUGGAUGAUGCUGCAGAAUGUUUUGAAAAUAUCCUCAUGCGAAUACACUUUCACAUUGCUGAUGAAACGAAGGAGGACAUUUGCACAUCGAAGCAUUGUAUUCCACACCAGAAAUUUGCUAUGACUUUGUUUGAGCAGUGUGUUUGUACCAGCUGUGGUGCAACAUCCGACCCACUGCCUUUUAUCCAGAUGGUGAACUACAUUUCUACAACUGCAUUAUGUAAUCAAGCGAUUCGAAUGAUGGAAAGACGUGAGAAACCGACGCCUGACAUGUUUGGAGAGCUUCUGCAGAAUGCAAGCACAAUGGGUGAUCUUAGGAACUGUCCGAGCAACUGCGGUGAGAAGAUUAGAAUCCGUAAAGUAUUGAUGAACUCUCCUGAGAUAAUCACUAUUGGUCUGGUCUGGGACUCGGAUCAUUCUGAUCUUGCCGAAGAUGUUAUUCACAGUCUUGGAACAUGCCUCAAACUUGGAGAUCUAUUCUAUCGAGUGACGGAUGACAAAGCUAAGCAUACAGAGCUUUAUUUGGUCGGCAUGGUGUGUUACUAUGGCAAACACUAUUCUACCUUCUUCCUCCAAACAAAAAUUCGCAAAUGGAUGUAUUUUGAUGAUGCUCAUGUGAAAGAGAUUGGACCCAAGUGGAAGGACGUUGUGACCAGAUGCAUUAAGAGCCAUUAUCAGCCAUUACUACUUUUGUAUGCAGAUCCAAGAGGCACUCCUGUAUCUGCACAAGAUCUACCCGUAGCAGACACCCAUCAGUACAGCCGAACUUGUUAUGAUAGUGAAGAUUCAGGAAGGGAGCCAUCUAUAUCCAGUGACAGCAGAACAGAUUCUUCGAAUGAGAGCUACCAUUACAAGCACAGUCAUCAAGAGUCGAUGGUCAGCCAUUUCUCAUCUGAUUCACAGGGUACAGUGAUUUGCAACAUGGAAAACGACACAGCUUCUCAAAGCAGCAGGGAUACAGGGAUUUCUGUGGAUAGAAGGCGAAGUUCCAGCCGACCUAGGCGCCCUGACAAUCGCGGGAAACCAGAGAAGUCAGAUGAAAUUCCCAUUUGUGGUUAUCACAGUGAAGGCGAAACAUUGAAAGAGAAACAAGCCCCAAGAACUGGACCGAAACCUGCUACGAGUCGAUUGAAGGACUUCAAAGAAACUGUGAGCAACAUUAUUCAUAACCGACCGUUGCAUAAUCAAGACCAGGGCAACAACAAACCCAUUCCUGCAAAAUUGGUGGACUCUGUAGAUAACGGAAAUUUCCGAAUGUCAAUUGGACGCUCACGAGACUGGGAAAUGGAGAGCACGAGUGGUGAAUCCAAAUCAAGUUCAUCGAGCAGAUCGAAGACUUACCUGUGGAAACCUAAACGCGAGGUUCUUAAUAUUGAUAGUAUCUUCACAAAAGAGAGAAAAAAGCCUGGCUCCAGUCCACAAAUGGCUUCAUUGUCUGAAGACGGUGCUAAAGAUUCUAACCACAAUAAGACUGAAAGUUCAAUAGAAGUUGGAAGUGCUCCUUUGACAUUAGACAAUUCAAAAAAUGAAGGAAAAGACAUUCAGAUUAAUAAUAACGACAAAUAUGAGAAGACUGGGUGUUCAGGCAAAGGCAUGCAACAAGUUACUAUCCAAAGUUUGGGAGAAAGUGAACGUUUUAUUCAGAGAAUGGAAUCUGGCUACGAGAGCAGUGAACGCAACAGUAACAGUCCAGUAAGUUUGGAUACAUCAGUUUCUGAUGGGCUCCCAGGUGGAGUGCAGAAUUCCACUGUCAAUCCUUUCAGGGAAACUUGCACUAAGAAAGCAACCAUUUCUGGUCCUUCAUGGAAAACAGUUCCCAAGUCCAAGAGCAGCAGUGCCUUACAACAAGAAUCAUCUGCAGCUGCCAAGAGCUGGGUGCAUUUGCAGCAGAUUCCCAACGAAAAUUACAGUAAUCCCAUGCGAAGUGAGUUGGAUGAGUUGGAAGAGGAGAUUAAAAGAAGAACUAAAGAGGAGGAACUGAGAAGAAAGAAACUGAGGGAUAAGGAAGCAGCAAUGGUAUUUAAUCCCCGACCGAGCAAGUUCAUGGACCUGGAUGAACUACAAAAUCAGGGGAAGACUGACAAGUUUGAGAGAUCAUUGCAGGAGGUAGACUCUCUAUUAGAACAGUCUUUCCGUCUUGAACAGAAGGAUGACUUGGCUGCAGCGCUCAAUCUCUGCAAUGAAGCUGUGUCUAAACUAAGACUUGCUAUGCAUGAAGGCAGUGCCAUCACACACAGCAGAGCCCUUGCUGAUAAGAAGCUGCAUAUUUGCAUGAAGAAGGUUCGAAGUCUGCAGGAGAGCAUGCAACCAUCCACCCACUCCCCACCAACUGGGGACUCUGUGACUGAAUGCAAAAGUAUGCAGGCUGGCCAGGUCCAAAUACUGUUAGCAUCGGAGAGAGUAAUGGAACCCAUCAGUGAGCCAGACCACAGGCCCAAACCUUCCCGUGCCCUGCCAGCCUCCCAUCACCAGCUACAAGUCCAACAUGCAUCCCAGUUACACAGCCCUCACUCCGAAUCGCAUGGCCAAGCUUUUGCUACAUCGACUUCUGAACUAAAAUGGAACCAAUCUGCCAGCUAUACCAAUGAGCUUCCGUCUUUCCGCAAAUGCAAUUGGGUUCAAGGGGAGAAGGUGGAGGAGAAAUGUGUAAGUGGUGCAGUGAACAUGUGUCAGGUGAAAAAUAAUGAUGAACCAGUGGACGAGUCACUGGACUGUUUCCCACACAAUUACAAACUGAAAAUGAACAAACAUGGCUCCUUGCCUUUGCUUACUUCUGAAUAUGGAGACAUAAGUCACACAUUUUCCUCACCGUCUCCCCACUGUCAGGUGUUGACACCAAGAGAUGAAAUAGAUUUGUAUCCAAAGAUCAAGCCUCAUUCUCUGUAUUUCAAUUCAAGGCAACUUGAAUUGAACACGACUGAUACCAGUAUAUCUCCAUCUACAACUUUGUCGUCCACGAACUUGAAGUGGACCUCUGACCAACCUUCUACUCCUGAAGCAAUUUUGAAUUUGGAGUUCAACUCAAAGAUUGAAGGUACCCAUUCACCAAAGAUCAAGACAACAGUUGAUAUGGGUAAUGUACAGUCAACAACAGCACAGAUUCAAAGAUUAAAUGCAACGCUGGGCCAGGGAAAUGAAGAUGUUAAUUACAAAAGAGUGCAUUCCAAUUCUCGGCCAAAGAAAAUGGAUCAGGAAGUAUUGCAGCUACCUCUGAAUAAUAAUCAACAGGUAGCGUUUCUUCAGAGCAAGGAUCAGUUGGACAGUGAAAAGUGGCCUAUUGACAGCUUGUAUUCUUCCCAGGUUUCAGAUGCACCAUUAGAUUGUAAAACUGAGGCACCUGCUCCUCUACCAGUACCUUCAUACAGACCAAAGACAAAUACUGUUGCAAGAGAUCUGAGCUGCCAUUCUGGUGCAUCAGAUUUUCUAUCUGACCCUCCAACAGAUGAUACAUGUGAUCAAAAAUACCAACGUAUUGUCCAGUCACUUUUCGGAGACACCUGUUUAAACAACAACUCUGGUUCGAUUAGACAGCAGCAUGAACAUUCCACAAGUUCUCCUGUACCUGUAGACCACUGGAUUGAUGAUAUAAGAAAACAUUAUGUGCCUCGGUCAGAUUGCCGAAACAGUGAACAGCAACACCUGCAUAGUAAACAGCCCAGCCAAGAAAGUAACACGCAUGGUCAUGGGCAACACAUGCAGCUGAUUAAUGCUAAAGAUCAGGACAUACAGCUGGAGUUUUCAGAGCUGGAAUCCCUCUAUCAAGCAAGUCUGCAAGCUUCGGAUAAUAGGAGAUACUUACCAGGUAGACAAUUGGCCGAGAAAGUCACCAGGCAAAGUAGCGUUAAACCAGUUUCUGCACAAAACGCUACAAGAAAACACUUCUCUCCGCCUGAAAGAGGGCGAUCAAAGACUCCGACUGCAGAGAUUGAGCGCAGUGCUUAUCGAGCAGCUGUACCAGUGAGCACAAAGGUGCAUUUCAAUGAGUUUUCUCCAAGAGAAAACUUGGAAAAUGACAGUUACAGUGCAGAGAAUUUCCGUCGUAUUGCUCGCAGCCUGAGUGGAACCAUCCUCGCCCACAGAGAGAAUCCUGUGGUUAUUCCUCACAGUAUCGAAACAACAAAUGUGAGAAAACAAGUGGAGCCUCAAAACAGAUCAGUCAGUUCCUCUUCAUUGACUGCGACCAAAGGCCCCUCCCCUGAUCCUCUUGUGUUAGCCUCCUACCCUCAACAUCAUCCCUUCCUACCACAACACCUCUCGUUUGAUCCACUUCAGCCCAACAUGUCUGGUGAUGCAAACAGAGCUUCAGACAAGAACAUCGAAAAACUACUGGCUGUGUUUGACCGGGGUGAAGCUCUCAACCACGAAAACUACCAGAGUGUUGCAGUGAACUAUGGUACUUUGCCACGCUCGGAGAAGAGAAUAACCUUAGGACAGAGACCCAUCAGGAAAGACCAGAUUAAUGUUGCAAACAUAAUCAAGCAGAGAAUUACUCAAGCAGUUCUUCCUGAUAAGGCAAAGGUCGAACAACUUUGCAAAGAUCCACCAAGCAUGGCAACACUGAGCAGGUCACCAUAUCAAACCACACCUGAGGUGCCUGAUAGUUUUGACACUUUUCCUGGGAAUUACAGAUUGAGGCAUGGCAUUGGCCAGAAUACUUCUCCAAAAGGCAACUUCAUGACAAAUACUUUGGAACCUCAGAAAUCUUGCUUUAAGUCUUCACGGUCCACUGUUUCAGGUCCUCUUCGUCUUGAUGUACCUCCUGAUGAGGAUUGGAGGAAGACAGUUUACACCCAGUCUCAGCACAGUGAUAGGAGGUGUUUGCCCAGCAGAACUGUUGCAAGGACCAAUGGUACUGGUGUGUAUUCAAGGAGGCCAUUAGCUGAACAGACUACUUCACGACCUGCCACCAGAGGUUGCCCGUGUGCUCUAUGCCAGCUGGUUCUCACAGAUGCUGGUGAGGUCUACUGCCAGAACUGCAGUCAGUAUAUGGCACGAUUUAAACAACGACACUGACCUUGGUGAUCAGGCCAAAACCAAUGAUGGGUUUCGCGGCAAUUAUCUUAAAGUAGACUAAUGCUGGGACUAAAAACUGAUAUUGCUACUAACUGAAUGUAUAGUAACUCUGUAAAAGUUAUCACUUAUCAGCUGUGAUAUUGAGAAUUGAUAGUGCGUUUAAUGAUUAGUAUAAAUGAAAACUGAUGAAGGCUUGAGAUAGAAUUAUUUAAAUUAUAAAAUAAAAAAUAUUUGGUUAUUAUUUAGAAAUUAAGUUUGAAGUUCUGAUGCUGGAUGUAGCAACUGCACUGCUAUCCUGCAGAUGUACAUAACUAUUGCAAUUCUGCAAUGUAAUCUGACCAAGUAGUCUCUAGACACUGAUAAUUUGGAUCAUUACAUUGAGGUAAAAUGUGAAACAUCUCUACUACAGUAGAAUGAUCUGAAUGCAUUUUAUAGUUUACAUGUUGUUAAGUUGUACCAGAAAUUUUGCAGUACACAAUUUAAUUUGCCCAAUUAAAAUUAAAAUUAAUUGUUGAAAUAUUUUGUAUUAAAAUAAGUACAAGGACCACCUUUGUGAUGUUUCUUAACAUAAACCUCAAAAUCUAUGUAGGGCUUGAUGGUUUCAACCUCAAAAAAAUGAUAUUAAAAGUUUAAAUCUAGCUACCGGAUGUUUAAAAUAAAAAUACCGGAUGCUAGAAAUACUCACCAGGUCAGGCAGUACCUGGGAAGAGAAAAUGGGUAACAUUUAGGUCAUCAGUCUGAAUUGUUAACUCUUGUUUCCCACUUACUGGAUGUGGUCUGAUCUACUGUGUAUCUCCAGCGUCGUACUGGAUGUGGCCUGAUCUACUGUGUAUCUCCAGCAUCUGUACUGGCGAUGGAUGUUUAAUGUUUUCAUCUACAUUUUCUUUCUAAUUUAUCCAAGGUGUUUUGCAAAUUUGAUUUGUUAGGUUACUGGUUUUACAAAUAAUGGAGCGUGGAAUUGGGUGGAUCAGCAAGGUUCUGUAGAAUCUGAACCCUGUUGUUCUUUCAGUGUGUAUUUCUGCAGCAACUGAUCAACUUCACAUGCAGGAAUCUCAGAUGUUGGAACUCGAAGUGUAUUAAAUGAUCAACCAGUGUGCAAAUUCAGCUUUCUGUCCAGCUUUAAUGCAAUCCUAAUUUGUUUGGUUGCGUACUUGGUUUCUUGCCAAUUGUGAACAAGUUUUUAUUUUUGUAACACUCAUGUAAGAGCAAAAACGCAUUGACAUUCACUGUCUUGUGGAAAUGUAUAUAAUAGAAACUCUAUUUGAUUUUGGAUCUAAUGUUAGGGUAUGGAUAUUGUUUCACAGAGGGCCACCAGGGAUAAGAUGCUGCUGUACACUCAGAAUAAUGAAGGAUGGAGGUUAAAUGUAAUUAUUGAAGUGUGUGUGUUCUCGGACAUUGAGCUUGAGUGUGAUGAUGUGACAAAUAGUGGAAAAGGAGAUUGGAUGUAUGAAGAUCGGAUAAUUAGCAGGAAGUUAGAAGGCAAUGAGACGGCCAUAUUCAACGGGUUCCAGCCCAAAAUAAUCUGCUGGACCCAGAGGAGCUUGCCUUCAAUUUCCUCUUAUUCAUCUAUUAUUUUUAUGAUGUGCAUUAUACUGCUUUGCGGAAGUUUGUAAAGCCUUGCCAAUUUUCCAAACUGCUAAAGAUCUAUGUGAAGUGUCAGCAGUCAAUGCUUAAUAUAAGCUGUUGUAAUGUCUGCUGUUACAUGGAAGUAACUGUUCCACCGGUGAGAGGAAAGUUAUUUUCUGCUGUUCACACCCUUGUGUAUAUCUUGUAAAGAUUACUGAAUUUAAAAGUUACGGGUGUACAUUUGUGGAGUUGAAGAAUUUAUUGCAGAAAAUGGUUUACAGAUUUUUACUGUACUUUCAUACUUGUCUGCUUAGAAUGCUUGAUAUUAUUGCUAAUGUAUUCUUGUUAAAAUGUGUACAGCUAUUACAGCCGAUGAAAUGUGAACUGGAAAAUGUAUGUACCAAUUGGUAUUUAAUUGCAGUGCUAGGAAAUGCAACUCAUAUUUUUGCAAUAAAGUAUCCAAAUGUG